UUGCUUCUGGGCGCUCCGCAUAGCCAUGUCGUCCGCAAGGAUCGCCGUAUUGAGACAUGUGGGUCCGCGCGAGGUCGGCCGGUGCAGUGGACGGAGUAUAAAGGAUGUAGGAGCAGCAAAGCGGUUUGGGUAUACCGGUAGCAAUCGGAAUACGAAUAGGACAAUUAGGUGGCAGAGUAGUGUUUCAUCGCAAUCAAGUCAAUCUUCCACACCACCACCACCACCACCCCCCAAGAAACCACUCCUCAUCCGUGCCCCCCUCGCCCUCGCCCUCACCCUCCUCGCUUUCACAGCAGGCUUCACCAUGGCCGGCGCCCCCGCCCUCUCCUCCCUGCGCGAAAUCGCCAACCCCCCGACGGACGCCGAAACCCUCGACCUCUUCACCCCACCCUCCCCAGACAUCGCCCUAAUCGAAGACUCCAUCUUCACCCACGCAGAAGUAAAAAGCCUAUUGCAAAACCCCAAAUUCAUCGCCUCGCGCCCGCACCUCAAGAUCCCGGAGAAACUGCGCGCGCAGAAUCUGACGGGCGGCACGCUCUUGGGGCCGGACAAGAUUGCUGUUCCGCCGCUGCAGUUUACAACUGAGGAUGGGAGCGAAUACGUCUCGUUUCAAUGGCUUGGUCCGGCGCUCUGCGGGCAUCCGGGCAUCGUGCACGGCGGGCUGCUCGCGACGCUGCUGGACGAAGGGCUCGCGCGCUGCUGUUUCCCCGCGCUGCCGAAUAAAGUGGGCGUGACGGCGAGUUUGAAGAUUGAUUACAAGGCGCCGUGCAUGGCUGGGCAGAUUGUGGUGUUGCGCGCGGAGACGAUUAAAGUCGAGGGCAGGAAGGCGUGGGUUAAGGGCAGAUUGGAGACGUUGGUGGCGGAGGGCGAGAAGGCGGUUGUGUUGACAGAGGCGGAGGCGUUGUUUAUUGAGCCGCGGCAGGCGGCGAGUAUGAGGAGGGUUGUCAAUUAGGGGGGGAGCAAUGAUUGAGGGUUCGUUGCCGUGUGUUUUUAGAGCGUAGGUAGAUAUAGAUUUUAUGCUUGU